CUGCCUUGGAGCGGGCAGCGAGGGGGGGCGUGCGCGAUCCGCGGUCGCCGGGACUCCGAUCCCCGCAGACGCCGACCUGGAGUCUCCCCGGGCCGCAGCCCCGACGCAGAGCCGGCUGGUAGCCAUGGGCGCGAGCGAGCGCCCGGCGGGCAGGGGAGGCGCGCAGGACCCCAGCGCGGGCUGCGGGGCCCGGGUGCUGGGCGCGCUGUGCCUGCUGCUGUCGGUGGGCUCGGCCACCGCCUGCCUGCUGCUGGGCGCCCAGGCGGCCGCACUGCACGGCCGAGUGGAGGCGCUGGAGCAGGAGCGCGAAAUUUUGUGGCGCGCGGGGCCGUCUGGAGCCCUGACCGCCUGGGCCGAAACGCACCUGGAGCGCCUGCUGCAGGAGAAGCUGGAUGGAGUCGCCAAGCUCCGGACAGUUCGGGAAGCCCCCUCCGAGUGCAUCUGUCCCCCAGGUCCCCCUGGACGGCGUGGCAAGCCCGGGCGAAGAGGCGACCCCGGUCCUCCAGGGCAAUCAGGACGAGAUGGCUACCCGGGACCUCUGGGUCUGGACGGAAAGCCAGGACUUCCGGGCCCCAAGGGGGAAAAGGGUGCCCCAGGAGACUUCGGCCCGCGGGGAGCCCAAGGGCAAGAUGGAGCUGCAGGACCACCUGGGCCCCCUGGACCACCUGGAGCCCGGGGCCCUCCUGGUGACACUGGGAAGGAUGGCCCCAGAGGAGCUCAAGGCCCAGCGGGUCCCAAAGGAGAGCCUGGACAAGAUGGCAUGAUGGGCCCCAAGGGACCUCCAGGACCCAAGGGAGAUGAUGGGAUGCCCAGCCAGCCAGGACUCCCUGGACCCCCAGGGCCCAAGGGUGAGCCAGGGGAUAUGGGCCCCCAAGGAGAGAAUGGAGUGGACGGUGCCCCAGGACUGAAGGGGGAGCCCGGCCACCCAGGUGCAGAUGGAUCCCCAGGACCCCGGGGUCCCCCAGGCCUCAAGGGAGAACAAGGUGACACGGUGGUAAUCGACUAUGAUGGCAGAAUAUUGGAUGCCCUGAAGGGUCCUCCUGGGCCACAAGGAGCUCCGGGGCCACCAGGGAUCCCUGGAGCCAAGGGUGAACUUGGAUUGCCUGGUGCCCCAGGAAUCGAUGGAGAGAAGGGCCCCAAAGGACCAAAAGGAGACCCAGGAGAGCCUGGGCCAGCUGGACCCAAGGGAGAGACGGGCGAGAUGGGCUUAUCAGGCCUUCCGGGUGCUGAUGGUCCCAAGGGAGAAAAAGGAGAGUCAGCAUCUGAUCGCCUCCAGGAGAGCCUGGCCCAGAUCAUUGUGGAGCCAGGGCCCCCCGGUCCUCCUGGCCCCCCUGGCCCCAUGGGCCUUCAGGGGAUCCAGGGUCCCAAGGGCCUGGAUGGAGCCAAGGGAGAGAAGGGUGCAUCGGGUGAGAGAGGUCCUCAUGGCCUGCCUGGACCAGUCGGCCCACCAGGCCUUAUUGGGUUACCAGGAACCAAAGGAGAGAAGGGCAGACCUGGAGAGCCAGGACUGGAUGGUUUCCCUGGACCCAGGGGAGAAAAGGGCGACCGGAGUGAACGUGGAGAGAAGGGGGAACGAGGAGUUCCUGGACGGAAAGGAGUGAAGGGCCAGAAAGGAGAGCCCGGCCCACCAGGCCUUGACCAGCCAUGCCCUGUGGAACAUCCUCGAUGUGGAGGCAAACGAGGGGCACCAGGCUCCCGGGGCCUCGUGAUGGGCAUCGGGCCAUGCCCGCUGGGCCCUGAUGGCCUGCCCGUGCCUGGCUGCUGGCAUAAGUGAUCCUCAGACAUGGCUCCCAACCUGUACAGAUCCAUUUGGAUGUUUUUAACUUGUGUAAAAACAAAACAGUAAUAUAUUGAUCUCCUUUACGGGAUGCACCAACGGUGGCCUUGUAACAUUGGAGAGUGUGCCAGCCAGCCCCAGGACAACCUGCACAGGAAGCCAGCAGGAAAGUGGGCAGGCCGCUGUGGGAAAUAUGCUUGAGGACCCGCUGCAGGGCUUUCCUAGAGAAGACGACGAAGGUGGAAACGCCUGGCUCAGGUGAGGCUGCACAGACUCCAGGUUGGGCCUGCAAUCACCUGAUUAGCAGAGACACACGACUGUUCCCUGACACCACACUGCCCCAACUUCUCACUGUCCAACAAGACCCCCUUGGACGACUGCUGUACCUUCUUGCCUCUGGACCCCGCCACAGGCAGCUGCACUGGGACCCUGUGUUCAAUGGGGGCAGGUGGAGAUUGCUUGAGCCCAGCACUGGGGAGAAGGCGAUGGAAGGAACUCCAAGAGGGCUUUGCUCUACCCAAGCUCAGUAGUCUUCCAGAAGCCACCCUGUCAUAGGAGCGUGUAUCCUCAGGCCUCGGGAAUGGCAGGGCUCUGUGAAUACCUCAGUGUGGAGCCAGCUGCAGGCAGCUCAGUAACCCCUGGCUGUAGGGUAAAGAGACCCAGAUGCACUAGUUGCUACUUCCGGUCUCCUCAGGAACAGAAGGAGGACUUUAUCAGCCCUGAAGAGACAGGCCUCUUGGUCAGGACUUGAGUCUCACUGGCCCUGUCUCCCACCUAGAACUCUGGUCAGCCCAGCAGAAACUGGCCACCUAGUAGGUGGUAGAGACACCAUGAACCCAAAGGCUGGUCCCUGCAAGCCUGAGCAAAACACCUGUGGCAGAAACCCCUGCCCUCUGAGAAGGGGCUUCAACACUUCUAACAAAGGUUCCUAGCUACCCCUCUGUCCAUGGCCUCACAUCCCUGUCUGUGUAAAGGUGCUGUGUGUAAUAAACCACACGUGUGUGUCUGGGUAUGCCUGUCCUUGCAGACUGUGCUGUGUGUAAUAAACCACACAUGUGUGUCUGGGUAUGCCUGUCCGUGGUCACUUCUAGCUGAGUUCAUCCUAAUGGUUCCUGCUGAACGGGAAAUGGGGCUUUCUCUAGGGGCAGAGUCAUCCCAGAAACCAGAUGAUAUAGUUCAGGAUUAGGAGAUAGGAGGAUACAGGCUCAAGACCUGGACCCACACAUGUCAGCAGGAUCCUGGGACCAGUCACAUCAUGCCACUAAGUCCCUGUCUGCCUUUCUGCUAUGCUUACUAAGCAAGGACACUCCAAACUUGUUGCCUUGAAAUAUCCAUUCUCUCAGUUCCAAGGAUUCAGAGGACCAGCUGGGUGGUUUCUCUUGGACUCUGCCUCAUCCGGUGAUGGUGCCUGUCAGCUAGGAUCCCAAUGGCCAUGGCACCUACCUACCUAUCACCUGUUUGAAUGACAGCAGGAUUCUUAGAAAGCUGUGUCACCUCGUAUGACGAAGCCUUCAAAGUCACAUGAUGUCACUUCCUGCAAAAGUCAGAGCUUCAUCCCAAUUGAAGGGGAAGAAGACAGACCCACCUCUCCAUGAGCAGUGUCAAUGUCAUAUUUAAAUGAAAAAAAUGUGGGAGAGGAGAUCUUAUAGUCCUUCAAAAAUAAAAUAAUAAAAUAAAACCAGCUCUUGAAAUCACUAUGUAGCUGAGGAUAACCUUAAAUUUCUGACCCUCCAGUCUCUACUUCCAAGUGCUGGAAUUACAGGUGUAUACCACCAUGCAUGCCCCCCCCCCUUUUUUACAGUACUAGGAAUCGAACCUAAGGCUUUAUGCAUGCUAGGCAAGCACUUGACCAACUAAGCUAUAUUCUUAACCUUUGUUAUAGCAUCUUUUUUGUUUUGUUUUGUUGGUUUUUCGAGACAGCUUUGGAGGCUGUCCUGGAAUUAGCUCUUGUAGACCAGGCUGGUCUAGAACUCACAGAAAUCCACCUGCCUCUGCCUCCUGAGUGCUGGGAUUAAAGGUGUGCACCACCACCACCCGGUUGUUAUAGCAUCUUAAAUAAUGCCUUAUCUAUAGCAUAAGACAGUAAUGUUCAAAACUCAGAUGUAUGAUUCAUCUUUGUGUAACACAGAGAGCCUAGGACAGGUCAGACACUCCAAAGUGCCUGUGGCCGGCUGUCUUCACUGUAUUCACUCCAAUACCGAGUAGUAACCACAGCUUUGCCUAGGGGCCCAUGUCUUCCCUGUGCAUGUCCUUAGAGAUGCCCAGCAAACGUGCCCAUUUCCACAGAUGACAGAACCACAUUCUUUGUCUGCAUUUAGAAAAAAGCAGGAGGCUGCGUUAGUGCCUCUGGUCUCCUCCCUCCGAGAACAGAAAUAAGAAAAAGAAGACAAAUGUAGGGGCUCACUGCUAUUAAUGUGUGCUUUGGAGAUGCAGCCCAGCCAGCCCAGCCCACCAUUCACUAUAGUUAGCAAUGCACUCCUCUUUCCCCUUGUUAGUCCUGCAAGGAGAGGGGCUACAGUGGUUGGUGUCACUAUAUCCAUGUCACAUAUAGGAAACCUGAGGCUCAGGAAUGCACAGCCAGGCUGGAGUGACAGGCUCAUGAUUGGACCCAUGCCCUUGGAAGUCAUCUAAUUUGUCUUCAGAAUUGUGUGGCAGUGCAUGGAAUCUGCCAUGCAGUCCCUUGACAAUGGGUGGGCAGCAAGUAGAGCUUGGGAGAGGUCAAAAGCCAGUGUUCUCCCUGUCACUUCUCAGCCUGGCUGCAAUGGACCAUUCUUGACCUGUUGCUGCCCCCUGUGGCCUCAUACCUUGUAACCCUUGCAAGUGGACAUGCAAAGCCACUAAGUCCUAUGCCAGCCUGGAGAGAGACUGAGAGAAUGGCUUGUUCAAGGUCCCAGAUGAGACAAUGGAGAAUGCCCUGCCUCACCAAUGAGCCUCAAGGACUGAGAGGCCUUGGGUCUCUCUGGAAAAGGGGGCAGUUCUCUGUAAGUCAUACAGAGGUGGAAGAGAGGAGUCUGUACUGAGUCCUUGAGUGUUCCCUGUCCCUUGACAGCUAAAGUAACCACCAGGAUAGUUGUCCCCCUGGACAGAUGGACCUGAGGCUUGAGAAGCUGACUUACUUAGUUUCUGUCCUUAGAAGAGGCUUUGAGUUAUCACAGGACUGGGGAACACUCCUGGCAUUUGGUGGACAGAGUCAAGGUUAGCAAACAUCUGAAAUAAUCCUGAACACUCCUGUUCAGUGGUGAAGCUGCUCACUGGGAAAGCCAGCUGAGAAAACCCUGCACUAAAGUCAAGGGGUAGGGUGGGGUACCUUUGCUUGCUUGUUGAGAAAGGGUCUCAAUAUAUAGCCUCAGCUGGUCUCUAACUCGCAAUUCUGCCUCAGCCACCCAGGUGCUGAGAUGACAGGCUUGCACCAACCACCAUGCUCCCCUCUAUGUGCUCCCCUCUAUGUGCAAGCCUUGUUCAGCCCCUCUCUCCUCUCAGUCUGUGCCCUCCUGACCUCCAGUGUCCCCUUGAAGGUCGGAUGCCAGAAAAUGGACAGAGGACAUUUACCAUGGGGCAGGGGCAGGAAGGAAGGGGCUUUUCUGAGCAGGAAGAUGGACUCUUCAGUAGUUUUAUGGUUAAGAACAUGCAACUUGACUCAAUUUGGGAAUAUGAAAGAGUUGUGACUGGGAGUGAGAAUGUACUAAUGCCUCUGAAUUGUACCCUUCAAAUAGCUUGGUUUUUAUGUAUAUUUUACCACAAUAAAAAUAAGAAAUGCAA